AACCUCAGUCCCUCUCCCUAUCAUCUACCGCAAUGCAUCAAGAGCAAACACUUCGCCCGCGCCUCUACAUUUCAGGGGGCUGAGCAAACGCAGUGAAAAUCGAAGAAAAAAGGAAAUAAACCACGAUCAGUAAAGGAAAAGAGGAUACAAUUACCGCGAAAAACGUAGGUCAGAGAAAAAUAAACGAAAGAAUAUUCAGCGCUUCAUAAGCUACCUCCUUAGGCUAGUUCUUCAGGUUGACCUCUGUUGAUGCACUUGAAUUUUAGGGCGAGGGUACGCGUUUAGAGGGUAGUCUAUUUUUGGUAAUGUAUCCGUGUUCCUAAAAGAACAACGGAAUAGGCUAAAAUCCAUAACUUUUUAAACUAUAAAUGAAAUGUUUUAGGGUAUAAUUGCGUAAAUUAGCUACAUGAAUGCAUGGUGCCAUUCGAAUGGGGAUGUGCGUCACUGAUGGGCUAAUGCUCGAUUUCAAAAGGGGCAUUUUCUUUUUAGGGGUUUGACUGUGAUAUAGACGUUUUCGAAGAAUCAGUUUAUUAACACAAUAAGAACAAUAGGCUACCUAUCUAACUGUAGUGCGUUUAAAAAAAAUCGAGUUUGAAUGAGCUACCGGCAAUCUAGCUGAAUAACAAAAUAAAUGUUUUUAUUGCUCGGUGCACAUAAAUAGAUUCUCAGGGCAGUGUUUUUAGAUCAUAAUCAAGUCAUAGCCGACCAUGCAUUCCCACUCAUAAAGCAAAGGGAAGAUUUAUUACAUUUGCUACCGAACUGCGAAAAUACGGACAUUGUCUGCGAUAUGUAGGCCUAAAUAGGCGUAGAUAGCCUAUUUUUGAAAAGCAAUAAGGCGGAAGCAAUAACAUGCUUUGCAUGAUGAACUGUGAUUAAAAUUUGAGCCAAAGAGUGAGGGAAAACCAGAAAUCACUUUAUGAGACCUGAUGGUUCUCCAUUGUGGAUAUCUGAAAACUGGCUGCUGUGAAAUAAUGUAGACCUAUUAAAGCAUUCAUUUGUACAAACACUUCUAAGUGUAAAGUUCAUGCUGCUCUUCAUUAAUUCGAUCAUUCAUUCAUUCAUUAAUUCAUUCACUAAUUCAUAGUAGCUUAUCUAAGAUGUGCCUAAUUAAUUGUUCAGGCUUAAUGGAUUAAACGCUAGUAGCCUAUUACAUCCAACAGUGCCAUUAAACUGUACACUCUCCCUAAAAGAAACUCCGGAGUUAAAAUCCUUUGACACUCAGCUGCCAGGAAAUAGAUCCUGCGUAGGCCACUGCAAGGGUGGCUGCAGCCGAUAAACUCUAUGAAGUAGCCUAUUGACUAGGAAAACACAAAUUCACCAAACAUUUCUUUAUUUUUAACACCAGAACCAGCCUUAGAGAUAGCAAAGUCUUCGGGGAUCUCCGCGUGAAAUAGCCUAAUUAAUAGUAGCCUAAUCAGUUUGGCAUUGAAACGCUACAUUGCGGCAAAACGGAAAUCAGAUUCAGUAGCUGAAUCCUACAAGCUAGCCUACAUCUUACCUAAGUUAUAUUGUCAUCUUUACUGCGCAGAACCAACUUAAUGUAGUCCCAAACCUCUAUAGGCUAACUUUUUCGAUAAAAUUGGUAAUUUUUCACGAGAACAUCAAGUCAAACAGAGAAAUCUGGUCCGAAGAUAGAGCAAAAGAAAACAAAAUCCACACAAACAACGAAAGAUCAUAUUUUUUUAUAAUCGUUUGAGAUAACGGAACGGGGGCUGAGCAUUCGUCUGCGCUGAGCUGCUGAAACUACAAAUUUACAAGCAGCGCUCCUCGAUCUAUGAGCAUGUCUGCAGUGCGGCGGCUGCUGAUUCCGAUCCUGUUGUGCGCGCUGCAAGUAUCCCUGUGCAAUGCAGCCUGUGCGGAGGUGGACUCAGACACGGAGGCCGUGGUGGGGGCGGGCUUCAAGGUGGGCUGCAUCUCCUGUAAGAUGAGGGGGGAGGUGGAAGGCAGCGCCUCUAUUGACUGGUUCUUCCGGGCCAAAGGGGAGCAGGACUUUCUUCACAUAUACAACUUUGAAGACAAGACUCCCACCAUUUUGGACGACCGUUUUGAGGACCGAUUGGACUGGAACGGCAGCAAAAACACGGAUGACAUUCAGGAUGCCUCCGUUUACAUCCUCAACGUCACCUUCAAUGACUCGGGCACAUACCGUUGUCUGUUUAACCGCGUCCUCACCUACCCCUACUAUGAGUACUCCACCAAAGCCAGCAAGCUGAUCCACCUCACUGUGGUGGCCAAAGCCACGAGGGGGACGGCGUCCAUCGUGUCGGAGGUGAUGAUGUACGUCUCCAUCAUCGGGCUCCAGCUGUGGCUGCUGGUGGAGAUGAUAUACUGUUACAGGAAGAUCUCGGCGGCCGGAGAAGAGGCUCUGAGAGAAAGCGCGGCGGAGUAUUUAGCGAUAGCCUCAGAGAGUAAAGACAACUGUGCGGGGGUGCAGGUGGCGGAAUAACACAGGGCAAAUCCGGGCACAUGCCCGCUGAUUUACACCACCCCCCCACCAACGUAUCUACAGUGUUUCUAUCCGGCCUUUCCACCAACCUGCCCACCUAAAGACUUCCGGUUCUUUUGACGACCAUUGCAUGAAGAGGUUGUGAAGAGGACUUUCAAACCGUUUUGUACGUUAAAUGGGAUACAUUUCCACAGGCAUUGAAGGCAAAAAAAGAGGGGAAAAAAAACAGCACGAGUGCAUAAAUUCACCAUGUCUGGCACAAAAACAGGUAUUAAUGCAAUAAGAGCAAUGGAUAUGAGCUAUGUAGAAUAAUGUACUCUCCAUUAAAGGAUAAUGUAAUCUUUGUAGACAGCAAACUUACCUGCACUAGCUAGUUUGAUCAUAUCACAGAAGUUAGGCUAGAAAAUGGGUACUGUUUAACAAAGCAAUAUCUGUUACAAGAUGGAUGUAUGGUGUGGUUUAACAGUAGUUUUUUUGCAACUGUAAGACUGCUCUCCCAAAGAAAGCAAGGGUGUAGGUCUAAGAGGGGGGAUAUUUGAAAAGGGCAGAGUGUGUGACAGUUGUGAGUGGUGACUGGUGUACACUGAUUUACACUUAGUAUGUGUAAUAUAUGAAUAUAUAUCAGUAUCUUUCCCUGUCUGCUAUGCUUAAACAGAAACCUGAAUGUAAUCCCCAAGCGAGGGGCAGGUUGUAGUGUCAUCUGUAAUUUUAAUACUUUUAGAAUGAAUGCUUUCUUACUAAGCAACUGCAAUUGCUAGUAUGCAAUAUGUAAUUUACAUGAAUGUUAAAUUAUAUACAUACUAUGCAUAAGAUGUUGAAUAUGACAGUACUGAGCCAAUGUUGACUCUAUAACUACAUAUCGACACUACCUCCAUCAAGUAUGGGCAUCAUGUUGCAAUGAAACAGAUACAAUAUCAAUAUGUUCCAUGACAUCAGUGUGCUUUAUUGUUUUAAGUUCUCCUUAUCAGCUCAUAUUUGCAUGGACAGUUAUAAUGAACAUUGCAGUUACUUUAUGCUAUCGAUAAAUAGAAGCCCUACCCCACAGAUUUUAAGAGGUAUAUAUUAGAGCCUAUACAGGACUGCAUUUAAUUUUUUUCUUUAGUCUUAGAGUAUGAUUUCACUUUGCACUUUGAGACUGAAGACAUGAUAAAUCUGCCUGCAAAACAAAGUAUUAUCCUAAAUAAAUCGUCUAAUGUAAUAA